UUCGUUAGGGCAUAUAUUAACAAUAUUAUUAUCUUUAGCAAAACAGAGGAGGAAUACCUAGAACACCUACAUACUAUUUACAAAAUCCUUAACAAGGCCUAUAUUUAUAUUAGCGCUGCCAAAUCCUUUAUAGGAUACCCGGCCGUAAGACUCCUUAGGUAUAUCGUAAACGGCGAAGGCAUUACCAAAACCGACGACCGCAUCGCCGCCUUUAAGAAGCUAAAGUUCCUAGAUACUCUCGAUAGCUUAGAGCACUACCUUAGGAUAGCCGGAUAG